GAUUUCAACAUACACAGAUAGGCAAACAUUCAAUGCCUUUAAUAUAGUGAACAAUGACACAGAAACACACAGAACAAAGGUAAAGGUUUCCCUAGAUGUCCUUUGGACGUUCCCUUCCAACUGGGAUUUAUGCUUUCGUGGGGGACAGAAGAGCUUCUUUUUCACGUCUUUGCGCCACCUUCUUAGGCUUUCAAGGCCAUCCAGAGAUUCAUGACCAAACUGGAGAAAGUUUCCGAAGACCCGGAGCAGCUCUCCGAGCUUGAAAAGGACGUCAACUCCACUUCCGCCAGUCCAGGAGCCGGAGCCAGUUGGGCGGGUUGGGCCGUCAUGGGGGUCUCGUUGCUCACCUUGAAGCUGAUCCGGAUGAAUGCGAGGACGGCGCAGGCAGCGGAAUUGGGGGCCACUGCAGAGCCCCCCAAAUCAGGGGUUGGACACCCUCCGCCAUCUCUGUCUGCAGCAGCUCCGGCCUCAUCGAGCAGUUGGGAUCUGGAGGAGGAAGCGGCCGAAGAAGACAGCACCGGCGACCAGUGGGAUAACGAUGACUGGGGCAACUUGGAGGUAAAACGGGAGAAGUCUUCACUACCAGCCCUUGCAAUGGUUAUCCUCAAUGUCCAUCAUAGAUUCAUGGUUCUCCUCAGUGUCCAUCAUGAUGUCAUGGGGGUCUUCAUUGGCUGUUUGAGUGGAGUAGAUAUUGUGAGUGUCCAUCAUAGAAUCAAGGUUCUCCUCAGCGUCCAUCAUUAUCUCAUGGAGGUCUAA